GCGCCCUUCCUCCGCCUUCCCGGGGCCGCGCCGCGCGCGCCAGCUCUGGGCGGGGCCCUGCAGUGGCGGCCGGGCUCGUCCUCCUGCUCCUCCGCCACCUCCCCCUCGGGCGAUCUCGCGCUACCUGCUCCCAGCCAUGGUGGCCUGGCGCUCGGCCUUCCUCGUCUGCCUGGCUUUCUCCUUGGCUACCUUGGUCCAGAGAGGAUCUGGGGACUUCGGUGAUAAUUUUCAUCUGGAGGAUGCACUGAGAGAAACUUCCUCAGUAAAGCAGAAAUGGGACCGUGUCACCACCACCACAACCAGGAGGCCAGGAACGACCAGAGCUCCAGCAUAUCCUGCAGGUGGUGAAUUUGACUUGGCUGAUGCUCUGGAUGAGCGAAAUGAUGGCCACAGGAAACCGAGUGCAGGAGGAGUUGGAGGAGGUUUUUCCGACAAGGAUCUUGAAGACAUACUAGGGGGUGGUGAUUACAAGCCUGACAAGGGUAAAGGUGAUGGCCGGUAUGGCAGCAGUGACGACACAGAAUCCGGCGCAACAGUGGAGACCGGCACGAUCGCCGGCGUGGCCAGCGCCCUGGCCAUGGCCCUCAUCGGCGCCGUGUCCAGCUACAUCUCCUACCAGCAGAGGAAGUUCUGCUUCAGCAUCCAGCAGAGUCUCAAUGCAGACUAUGUGAAGGGGGAGAACCUGGAAGCUGUUGUGUGUGAGGAACCCCAAGUGAAAUACUCUUCGCUGCAGACCCAGUCUGCAGAGCCACCGCCGCCUGAGCUGCCCCGGAUCUGAGGGUCCCCAUUCAGCCACAGGCGCACACGUGCUGCCACCACCGCUUGUGACCCGGCUCCUUAUUUCAUUCGGACCCACAGCUGCUGUGCUGCUCUUUCGAUGUCAUUGGCUUCUUGUCGCUCUGCAUUUCCGGAUGAGCUCUGGGUGUUCGCGAGUUUGGGGUCUGCACCCUGCCACAGGUGCUCUGAAGAGGCUUGGUGCUGAAAUCCAACACCUGGCUCUGCAGAAAGCCAGCACCAGCCUCAGAAGCUGUGCAGUGGGGAGACCAAGACGAGGGGGCAAGAGGGUGCUGGGGACACUGGCUGAGGAGAACACGUCUGCUCUCAGAACAAGAGUUUGAGCCCAGGGCGGCACAGCCCACAUGGUGGAGUGGCUCACUGUGGCAGCUUGCUGUCAGCAGGCAGCCCCUGGCAGUGACCUCAAAGAGCACCUGCAAGGAGCAAACCAGUCAGCCCCAAGUAGCACCACACUCACGUAACACCCAGGGCCGUGUUUUCGUUUUGGUCUUUCUUUCCAAUUCCAGGUUUUACGUUACCGGGCUUCCAGAGAGCUGGUCCAAGUGGAGGCUUUCCAGUUAUUUAAGUGCAAACAUGCAUCUCAUGACAGUCCUGCCCCAAGAGUUUAGGAGUCUUCUGGAUAAGUAGGAAGCCAUGACUUGCAGGCCUACGUCCCAUCUGAUUCCAUAGGGGACUAGCUGUGGUGUUAAGGCUGACAUGAUUAAAGGUUUUAGGAAUCAUUUCUGCAUUGAAAAUGUUUUAUACUGGGUGGGGGAGGUGCUCACCCUCCGCCCUGUAUAUGAUCUUAUUUUGGUAGCAAGAGCUACAGACAUCAAGAAUAAGCCUCAGAGCUGGAAGCAUGCUUGUUGUUUGCUUAAAAAUGUAUUUGAGGGGGGAGAGGGGGGAGAGACACUUGCUAGGUUUAGUGACAUACACCUGACUUUGUAGCUCUGUAGUUAUCCUCCUUGUCCAUUCUCGUGAAGAGCGCUUGGGGCCCGUGCUCACCAUGGUAAACAUGGGAACCCAAGGACUGGCCCCUCACCUGGCCUGUGCUGGAGAAGAGCUGACUUCCUGGAAUGUUCCUUUGGCCCACACAUGGUUCCUGCCCAGCGAGCACUGCUGUCAGAGCUGAGCUAGGGCCUAGAGCCCAUUUGCCCUGUCAGAAAGCACUUCCACAAGCAGAAUAUAAAUCACCAGGCAGGCAGGAUCCUUAUUUACAAAACUCACAGGCUUCUUUGGACUGCACGACGGCCCCCAGCAUUCCACAGCUUAUGCGAUGGCCCCUUCAUGUCCACUGAGCUGGGAUGCAGUGACUCCAGGUUCUUAAGGAAACCAUUGAAAUUGAAGAGAUGCCACCUGCCGUCUAGUGUGUGCCUCCCGUGUCCGUUGUAAAAACGCUGCUGGUGGGAGGGUAGUCGGCUUUAGCGCUGAGUCUCAAGGCUGCCUUGCGGCUCCAUUCCCAGCGCCUGCCUCUGGGCUUCCAAAGGCUCCUGCUCGGCCACAAAUCCUGGACAGACCCAGGACUGUGUGUUUGAGAGGGUGGCCUGGAGCACUGGGAAAGCGCCUCUGUGCUGUGCCGUGAAGGAAGGAAGACGUGGCCUGAGGAAGCUCCCGUGCUUCAGGAAACGAACUAGCAGGGAAGGUACCGUGUGCAAGAUGUGCAAGAUCUGCCUGUUUCCAGGGCCUUCCACCUUUGAUGGCCAGAUUAUCAAUUUUGUCAGGUUUGUCCCUCCUUGACAGCGAGGACCUCCAGGGCUGCUGGUCCCACCCCCUGGCUGGUGCUGGGCUGGAGGUAGCUAGGGGGGAUUUUUGCAUUCACAGCCUGUUGUCUAGACACGGUGACCUCAGUGCGGCCUAGCUGAUGGCAAAGACCUCGAAACCCUACAGCUCUGAUGUAAACACUGUCUGUGAAACCAUCUUCUCAGCAGCAGACUGAGGAGGUACGUUGUGCUCUGCCUCGCCUAGCUCGAUGCCUUCUGGCAGUGGCCUGGCGCCCAGGCCCGCAGGUGAUAGUUUUUGGUAACUGGAUGUGCCUGGAAGGUCCCUCUGUCGCCUGUUUGCAGGGCUUCUCCUUCCCACAGGUAUUUCACUUGCUUGGCCACUGUUGCCUGCAAAAGCCUCAGGGGCUGUUGUAACUGUGUAUCUACUUGGAAGUUGCAUUGAUCAGCUUGGGUCUGUCCCAGGUGACAGGAGAAAAUGUGAACUAGAAGGGCCAAUUGAAAAUGUUCAAUCUGUAGCAGCUUACCUUGGCAGGGACAAUUUUCAAAUGCUCACUAUUUACAGUAACCGCUGAGCAAGGGCUGGGCAAACUUACAGCCCAAUGAAAGAUAAAAGAGUAGGGAGCAAGGGGGAGGGUGGGUGGCUUGGUGGGUGGUGGUACCCUCUUGGGGUGGACCCCACAGUGGCUCUAGAAUAGUGUCAGGCCCAUUCCUCGGCCGCCUGGGUUGGGUUAGUACCAGUUCUGAGGGAGAAGACGAGGAGACUGAUCUCAGAAUCCCCUGUACAUCUUUUUAUGUGCUUGUGUCCACGUAUGAAUUGUGAACUGCCUGUUUGCAUUAAACGACAUGGCACCAGCAGACCCUUGUGUUCUGGUAGCGUUAAGGCACAUUCUGUCAAGUGGUGCUUCCCCCCCCCCCCCAAAAGUGCAUUCUGAUGUGGAGCUGACCUCCUUCCCCUUCUCUCCAGCCAUAGGUAUGUCUCUAGGUUAGAGUUCUUGCAUUUACCCCCUCGAUGAACAGCUUAGUGUCAGGGCUCCCCGGGGGCGGGUCCCCCUCAUUGUAUAAGGCUAGAUGCGGAGUGACAUCCCCGCUGCCUCAGCAAGGGAGGGCUGAGGCAAGGGCAGAGCCCUGGGGGCCACUUCCAGGCUCCGCAGAUGCCCAGCAGGCCUUGGCACGUGAGAGCAGCUCCUUCAGGAGGCAGCCAUUGGUCCUGUGCUGCCCAGUCGGGGCCAGGCAGCAGCAGAGCUGAGCCUGGAACUGCAGGCUCACAGCGCCUGAGCACACUACUCUGCUGUCUUCAGAGCAAGCCCGUAACCAGAGUUGGGUCUAGUUACAUGCACUUGCUUCAGCCAGAGAGUGCUGAGCAAGAAAGGGGUCCCUGCACCCUAUCACUUGGUGCAGUCUGUGGAGAGUGGCCUGUUGGGGAUAAAGUGUCCUUGUCAUCAACUCGCAACUUGGCUUGUGAACUGAGAUGACUGCUGGACCUUUCAGCAUGAACAAGAUGCAGUGGACCCUGGGUUUCAACAAUGAGGUCAGUGGCAUUUUUUGGCUAAACUAAGCUUGUAGUAAAAUAGCACUAAGUCCUCAAACCCAAGGCCACCACGUGACUCUCCUCUGCAGGUCUGCAUGGCCAGUGGGGGAGCCUGGUGUAAUGGCCCUCCCAACAUUGCCACUCCGGGGUCACCGUUAGGGACAUGGAGCCCAGGCUCUUACAAGGAGCAGUGUGAUUUCACCCAGGCCUUCACAGCCCUGAAAAAGUGCACUCUCCUGCUGCAGGCUUGCGGGAGGGGGCGUGCUUCUAAGCCUCAGUGCUGCACAAGGAGGAUUCGCUGCCCUGCCUCUCGGGGGUGGCCAGUCCUUUCCCUGUGUCUGCUGACAUUUUCUCAAGGUAUAGUUGAGGGGCAUUUCACACUUUAAAAUCAGAGUACUUACCCAUUUCAGCCUGAACACUCAAGACUGAUAAUUCAUUUACAAUUUUGUAAAUGAAUUAAGUCACAUAAAGGCAUAUAUUAACUGUGCUUGGCACAAUGUAAACAUUCAGUAAAUGCUAUUUUAUUAUUACUAAUUUCCCUGGAGGGAGAAAAUCUACUGAAAUGCUUACAAAAGAGAGACAACAGAAAAGACCAGGGAGCAAACAUAGUAUCAUUUUAAUUACAGAUUGAAAUACAGUGCAUCGGAUGAGACGAAUACAAUACUGUACCAGUUUUUAAAAACCUGAACUGUAAAGGUUUUACAUUCUAGUACACUUAAAUAAAAUCAAAAGAAUUACUUAGAUAAAGCUGUACUUCAAGUUGUUUUAGAAACCGUUCUGUGCUAGGAACAUAGGAAGGAAAAUGAUCUGUUGUGCUUGUUUAAGAGUGAGUAGGAGUUUCCAGGGAUCCUGCUGGCAGAGACUCCCCCCCACGUGAGGGUGCGCAGGGCCCACCAGGUGUCAGCCCCCCCCUCCC